AUGGCUGGCCCCUUGAGGACUAUGCCUGGUUGCAUGCGCGAGACUGGGAUGGUGCGGAUCUGGCUGCUGAUGUCUGCUGCCAGAUCCGCACCAUCCCAGUCGGGAUCAGGAGAAUAG